AUGGCGGCCACUGUCCAUCCUGCCCAAAAGGCACACGCUGUUCCUUCGGACAGCCUCAAUGUCUGCCGUCGGACCCCGUUUUCUCUCCAUUCAGACCAUAGCGACCGGCUUCUGUCAAAACUCUUACGCCGGCAGACUUCGCCGCCUCCAGCACCACGGCCAUCGAAACGGGCAAAGACGUCCCACGACCCAGAAGUCAUGGCAGCUGCCGCACGCAGGGCAAGGCAACGGAGGACUAGUAUACUCCUUCCGGAUCUUGCGUCUGAGAUUUUGGUCUUGAUUUUUGAGCAUGUACGAGAGUCAAGUCUGAGGGACAUAAUAUCUUUGAGACUGGUCUGCCGCUGGUUCGACAAGGUGGCCACGCCCGUCGAAUAUCAGACCCUUGUCCUGACAAAACGGCUUCUCUACUUCCGAAAUCCCGAGCGAAUUUCUACCGCUUACGCAAACAUAACUCUGCAUACCAACCACGUGUUUGCGUCCAUUGACGAAAUAGAGAGCUGCCAUGAUAAUCAUCGCGCCGUUGCCCGGAUUACGACCAGCAUUCAAAACUUGUUGACAUUCACAUGGCGAUAUGCGCGAACACGGUCCAGUUCUGCUUGUACCUGCCCCAUUGCUCAGCUAUUUCUCACCACCCCUGGAAGUCGUGGCAGGCUACGUCGAGGAACGCGGGUCUUUUUCGAGAAUGUUGCGUCCCGGCACCUCGAGAAUCAUCAAAAUUUGUAUCUUCAGGCAAUCCCGACCGAACUGUUGGUAUCCUUAAAGAUGGCUAUCCCAAGUCCACCGCUCAUGACUAGCAUCAAUGGUCUUAAGCAGGUGCUACUUAAUUCGAGGUUCCUAGAAGCUUUUCACUACCAAGAUAAGGGGCAAGGGACCAGGUUCAUAUUUUCGGCCGGGGAACGAUUGCCACCGCUCAAGAAGCUGAGGCUCGAGUGUUACGACUGGUGUCACUCCCCCGAGGAGGUGCUUCGGCAUUGGGAUUUUUCACGUAUACAAUCCUUGGAGCUCUUGGACAUGCCUGUGUUCAAGGCUCUUCGUGCCAUCGAAGCGUACAACCUCUACGGACUGCACACUUUAGUUACGCGUGACUCUGGAAUAUCAGACACGCGCGAGGAGCUGUCGGCGCACCUGGCCUGGAUCAUCCGCCAAAGAACUCGGUCACUGAGAAAGCUCGAGCUGACUGUAGACAUGCGGCACUUCGACCCAGCCUCGCUGCUGGUACACGCUGCAACUCUGGAAACGUUGUCUCUGCGAGAUUUCAUUGGAUUUGGUGACGAGAGCCGAAGAUGUCCGACCAUGUGGCUGGAUCAUUUGAGUAUGUUGGCGUCGGAGCUGAAAAAUCUGCAUACUUUAGAGUUGGACAUGGAUACUUUGAUGACGAAUCCUCCGGCCUUCAUUGAGACGCUGUCUCGCUUUCCAAGUCUGCACACGCUGACAUUGCAUGUUCAAACGGUUGUGCACCCUUGGGACGAAGUAAGUCCGAGUGUCGACAGGGACGCUGAAGCCGCCAUGCACAUAUUCACAGCACUUUUGAGGCACAAGUCAGCAGCCGCAUCUGCCAUGCAUUUGCGCACCAGCCAGAAAGUCUGGCGUCAAGUGACGGUGAACGUCGGGGGCUGGAAGCCCGUCAUGGUCCGACGGCUCAGUCCGUCUUGGAAGAGCAAGAAUGAGCACGGGGUGUUUGCGGAGCGCUGCUUCGUGAUGCAGCAGCAUUCAGGGGCUUCUAUAGCCGAUCCUUACUUCGUUACUGAAGUUGCCACCGAGGAGCUUGGAAGGGAGCAGCGCGAGCAGCAUCGGCAAAGGGAGCCGGUCAGGGCUUAUCUACGUGAAACUGGGCCCGAAGAUCAGGUCAUUCCAGGGCCUGGUCUUGGUCAUCAGCCCAUACCGGAAAAUGCCCAUCAAUUCACCGAAUUCGUACUGGAGUAUCUUUCGGGAGGCACCCGACCGCCCGGGCCUAUUUUUGCACACCAAACCAAAUGAUAAAAGCAAGGCGUUUUGGCCAUCAUGAAUUCACAAGUCGACGAUGAUGAUACCACGAACAAUUAAUGAACUAGAAAGAAAAAAAUGAUACCUUAAAGACAUGGCUUUUGUUUUCACAUCGGAGCUGGGGAUUUCGACAGCAACAAGGUACAACAUGAUCCUACGCAGACACAGGUUACAGGGAGGAUAUUUGGGAUGGCAGCCGUUAUGGUAUAAUCUCGAUAAACAUAGCCCAGCGAUUGACAUCCAUUUAUAAAGAACCUUGUCCAACCAAAAAUAUCCUUUGAUAUUCGCUCUGAAUUGAUUUAUAUCACAAGUUGAU